AUCACAGUUUCAUUACAUUCUAUUUGCACCUGGUUCAGGCAUAAUGUUUAGACUCCUUCUACUUGCGGCUUCGGUACUGUGUGCUUAUUGCCAUGAAGAAUUACGGUAUAUAGAAAAUGAACGUGUAGUAGGAGGGACUGAUGCAACACCAAAUUCUUGGCCAUGGCAAGUUUCUCUUCAAUAUUACUAUAAGGAAAACUGGUACCAUAUAUGUGGUGGCAGUUUGAUCCGUACUAACUGGGUCUUGACAGCUGCUCAUUGUGUGGACAGUCCUGAUUCCUACCGUGUGGCCUUGGGAGAGUACCACCUGUACCAAAAGGAUGGCACUGAGCAAGUUAUUUCUGUGGAUAAAGUGAUAUACCACGCCAGUUGGAAUACCAACAACAUAGGGAAGGGUUAUGACAUUGCCGUUCUCCGUCUGGCUUCCAAUGCUGUCCUAAAUGAGGCCGUGCAGCUGGCUAAUCUCCCCAGUGCUGAUGUUAUCCUUUCAAAUGACCAUCCCUGCACAGUUACUGGAUGGGGUGAUCUUGACAGUAAUGGAGCAGAAGCUGUUAUCCUUCAGCAGGCCCCACUGCCUGUAGUAUCCCAUGACAUCUGCUCAUCUAGUUCCUACUGGGGAAAAUCAAUUAAGACCACCAUGGUGUGUGCUGGUGGAAAUGGAAUUCACUCUGGAUGUUUUGGAGACUCUGGUGGCCCAUUAAACUGCCUUGUUAAUGGAGGUUAUGAACUCCAUGGAGUAACCAGCUUCGUGUCAUCUCUCGGAUGUAAUGCCUACCGUAAACCUACUGUGUUUACCAGGGUCUCAGCCUACCUUAGCUGGAUCAAUGACAACAUCAAUGGUAACUCCUGAGAUUUCACCUCAAAAUUUAAAGAUGAAGAUACAUGAAUUAAAGAAGAACUAAAAUAAAUAGACAUUGUUUCAAAAAUAUUUUUAAUUUCUAACUACUACUUGUGUUUAGAAGUUUGGUUAGACAAUCUCUUUUCAUGCAAAACUUGAUCAUUUAAAUAAAAAAAAUGCAAAUAUAAGGCAUUGUUUGUCUGUUUGUAUAAUAGCACAAAAGAAAAUGAUUAAUGACCUGUGUAAA